CCUGCAACUGCAGAAAGGCAGAGCGUGAUGAGUAGCUCUGAGGAAUCUAAGCAGUCAGUUCUGUCCAGGGAAGACGGAGCAGGCCCUUCUGAUUCAAAAUUUCUGCACGGAUGAUGCCAGCUUCACCUGACUUUCGGCGGUUUUGCUGAGAAUAUUGCUCCAUGGGAUGAUCUCCCCCAGCGGCAACGUUGUAGCUUUCUGUUAAUAGCCUGCUUUACUUUUUCUUCCCGCCUCGAUUAAUCCAUGCCAACUAUGGGACUCCGCAGCCUUGAGUGGAGGCUGCUUUUGCGAUGGGUUGCCUGCUACAGCUUCAGCGAGAGGUACCAAUUCACCCCACUGCUCCCCUAGGGACAAGUGAGUGAGUGAGUGAGUGGGUGACGGACGUCUUCCCCCAAGGUGGGACUCCGCGGAGCAGGGGAGCCAUGCCCUGCCAGCGUCGUCUACAGGCCACCAGUGACACCCCCCGAGAAGACCUCUAUUAUCAGACCUACUACAGCUUGAGCCAACAGUACCCGCUGAUCCUCCUCCUCCUGGUCAUUGUGUUGGGCAUCUGCGUGGCUCUCAUUGCUGCAUCCUUGGCCAGUGGCAGGGAUUUCUCCUCCAACCUGGGCUUCCUGAUUACAUUAUUUGUUGCUCUGGCAGUCUUCAGCCUCAUCCUGGUCCUCGUGUGCAUUGAAAGCAUCUUCCAGCGAUGCACCCGGAUUUUCUCCGCCAUCAUUUGGACCUGCUUGAUCACUAUGGGCUAUGUCUUUGUCUUCACAGGAGGGGUAGUUAGUGCCUGGGAUCAGGUCUCCUUCUUCCUCUUCAUCAUCUUCAUCGUCUACACCAUGUUGCCCGUCGGCAUGAAAGAUGCAGUGGCUGCUGGCAUGGUCUCCUCCCUGUCCCACAUCAUAGUCUUGGCUGUCUACCUCUCAAUGGGACAUGGCUCACAGCUGGAGCUGGCCGUGCAGCUCCUGGCCAACCUAGUCAUCUUUGUCUGCGGCAACUUGGUGGGCGCCUACCACAAGCACCUGAUGGAGGUGGCCUUGGGAGAGACCUUCCAUGAGACCUUCAACCUCAUCCAAUCCCGAGUCAAGCUGGAGUCCGAGAAGCGGCACCAAGAGCACCUGCUCCUCUCCAUUCUUCCUGCCUACAUUGCCUUGGAGAUGAAGGCUGAGAUCAUCGAGCGGCUUCGGGACGGAGGUCAGGCGCAGCGCCGGCACGAGAGCACCAACAACUUCCACAACCUCUACGUCAAGCGGCACCAGAACGUCAGCAUCCUCUAUGCAGACAUUGUCGGGUUCACGCUUUUGGCCAGUGAAUGCUCCCCCAAAGAGCUGGUCCUUAUGCUCAACGAACUCUUUGGCAAGUUUGAUCAGAUCGCCAAGGAUAACGAGUGCAUGCGGAUCAAGAUCUUGGGCGACUGCUACUACUGUGUCUCCGGCCUGCCCGUGUCGCUGCCAAACCAUGCCCGGAACUGCGUCAAGAUGGGCCUUGACAUGUGCCAAGCCAUCAGGAAGCUGCGUGAUGCCACCGGGGUGGACGUCAACAUGAGAGUUGGAGUCCAUUCGGGGAACGUCCUGUGUGGGGUGAUUGGACUCCAGAAGUGGCAGUAUGAUGUCUGGUCCGACGAUGUGACAUUAGCCAAUCACAUGGAAGCAGGAGGCGUGCCAGGGAGGGUUCACAUCACAGGGGCCACCCUGUCACACCUGGGCGGCGUCUAUGCUGUGGAGGAAGUUUGCUGCUGGCAACGUGACUCGUACCUGAGAGAGAACAGGAUCAAAACUUUUCUGGUCAUCGAUCCCAGGGCUGAAGAAGAAAGCUCCAGUGACACCAUCUCACCUGAGCCAGGUGAGGGCUACAAGAUGAGGCCGUCGGUACGGAUGACUCGCUACCUGGAGUCCUGGGGAGCUGCCAAACCCUUCGCCAACCUCAAACACUUGGACGCUCUUCCAGCAGAGCCGACGGGUUUUGUCCGUAACAACCACUCGGAGAUCUCUCUGGGCUCUUUGAACCAGCAGAAGACCAUGGAACGGUGUCGUGCCCCCAGGAGCCCGGACGAAGACCUGGAAGGCGUGGAUGAGAAGUUCUUCCAGCUGAUUGAGCAGCUGAACUCGCAGAAGCAAUGGAAGAAGUCGGAAGAUUUGAAUCGCAUCACGUUGUACUUCAAGGAGCAGUCCCUCGAGAAGGAGUACCGUCUGUCAGCGCUCCCAUCAUUUAACUACUAUAUGGCCUGCACAUUCCUGGUUUUCAUCUCCAACUUUCUCAUCCAGAUCCUUGUGGUCUAUAAGACAGAAGCCUUGGGGAUAUCCUAUGGAAUUUCCUUCUUCCUCUUCCUCCUCCUCCUUCUUACCUGCUUUGCUGGUCGCCUGGCAAAGUGUUUCCUGAAAGGGCCGAAGGCCUUCUACUGGGUCCCGUCCAUCUCGGCCAGUGUCUGCACCCAGCCAUGGCUACGAGUCUCGCUGGGGAUUGUCACCAUCCUUAUAGUCCUCACCAUGGCUGUGCUCAACUUGUUCUUUAUGCCAGAGACUUUGUGCUUUUCGAAACCUCCAAAUUCCGCAGUGGCAGGCACGAACAUCACGCGGGAGUUCAUUCGCUUCAACUCCCUCUUCAGCGUGCCUUAUUACAUCUACUGCUGCAUUUUGGGGUUCCUUUCAUGCUCUCUCUUCCUGCACAUGAACUUUGAGCUCAAGCUCACCAUGUUGUUGCUCUGCCUCGUCAUCUACAACGUGCUGUUCCUUCACACCCACUCGUGGCUCUCCGACUGCUACGUCUCCUGCCUCUACCCUAACCAGACAGCUCUCAGGCCGGGGGUGUUGAAGGAGCCCAAGAUGAUUGGGGCAUUCUCAUUCUUCGUCUUCUUCUUCACACUCUUGGCUCUGGCCAGGCAGAAUGAGUAUUACUGCCGCUUAGAUUUCCUUUGGAAAAAGAAGUUCAAGAAAGAACGUGAAGAGAUUGAAACCAUGGAGAACCUCAACCGCGUCUUGUUGGAGAACGUGCUGCCUGCUGAUGUCGCCCAGCUGUUCAUUCGCCAGAACCGCCGCAAUGAGCAGGAUCUUUACUAUCAGUAUUACGACUGUGUCUGUGUUCUCUUCGCUUCCAUCCCCGACUUCAAAGAAUUUUACACCGAAUCCAACGUCAACCGUGAAGGUCUUGAGUGCCUUCGGCUACUUAAUGAGAUCAUCGCCGACUUUGACGAGCUACUCCUGAAGCCCAAAUUCAGUGGAGUGGAGAAAAUCAAAACCAUCGGCAGCACCUACAUGGCUGCCACUGGCUUAAAUAUGGCAGCUGGCCAAGAUAACCAACAGGAUAUCGAGAGGAGUUACACUCACCUGGGAACUAUGGUUGAGUUUGCCAUGGCUUUGGUGGCCAAACUAGACAUUAUCAACAAGCACUCUUUCAACAGUUUCAAGCUACGAGUGGGUGUAAACCAUGGACCAGUUGUAGCCGGAGUGAUCGGAGCCCAGAAACCCCAAUAUGAUAUUUGGGGGAACACGGUUAAUGUGGCCAGCCGGAUGGAGAGCACAGGAGUGCUGGGAAAGAUACAGGUGACAGAAGAAACAGCCAAGGCCUUGGAGACACUGGGUUACGCAUGCUCUCUCCGUGGGGUUAUCAAGGUUAAGGGCAAAGGCCAACUGCGAACAUAUUUUGUUUGUACGGACAUGGCCCCCAAACACCAAUGCUGAGCUGAGUCUCUUGGAAUGAAACUGUGACAAACAUCAGACUCUUGAGGGCUGGAAUUUCCUGUGAACACCUGCAAGCCCUUCCU